AAACGCUCGAGGCCACUCACCACUAUUCAAUAACAUCUCAUACUUGAAAUCAGUUGAGGAACUUCAUUGUGAUCGCUACGAGCGGGCGAGCGCAUUUCCUGGUGAUUGAUUGGCUUGAGCUCUGUUUUUUAGUAACUUUAAUUCAAAUUAAGUUUAUAGACAACUUUUAAGUUAAUGCUUUCUUUGCGGUAAUGUACAAUUCGGUGGCUUGCAUUUGCAAUAUUAUACAUCCGUGCCGUAAUGAAAUCUCCGGUACUUUCAUCUUGUUCCAAUGGAUUUUAGCGGGCAUUGCGGCUAUUGUUAAAGUGAUACGGCCAGUUUGGUGGAUUUUUGGAGUACGCUCGCAUGUGCCACUGAGAGAUGAGGAUUACAAUACAACUUGGUUGUAUAUGGCGAAUGGGGAUGGCGAGGCUGAAUUGGCCUAUUUGCUAGAACCACCGCCGGAAAUUGAACGCACUAUGCCGAUGUUUGUGCAGUUCGAGUACUAUGGCAGUCAUCAAUCGCUGACACCUUUUAUCAGCAACAUCUCAAUUGAGCAAUUCAGCGAUACAGUUGGACGUCAUCCUCAAGCCCACGAUGAUGAAUGGGGAGAGCUACUGGCUGAAUUUAAGCCCGAAUUGGAUACGAAAAUGUUAGUACAUGGCUGGAAAGCGAACACGCAAAGUCGUUCUAUACAAUUGAUACGCGACGCCUACAAUCGACGUGGCAAUAUCAAUGUGUUUGCCAUUAAUUGGCGCGAUCAAGCGGAUAGUAUUUACUAUUUGAAGCCAGCACGGUAUUCGAUUCAUGUUGGUCGCGCUGUGUCGCGUCUCAUUGACCUGCUGGUCGAGAAGCACUAUGCCGAUCCACAGCGCAUACACUUGAUCGGUCAUAGUCUGGGCGCGCAUAUUAUGGGUUACGCUGGUUCAUUUGCCAGAUACAGAGUUGGACGCAUCACAGGUCUUGAUCCCGCUCGUCCAGCCUUCGAGAAUUGCAUUGGUCCGGAAAAUCAUUUGGAUGCAACUGAUGCCGAGUUCGUUGAUAUUAUACAUAGCUGUGCUGGCAUUUUGGGUUUCCAGAAACCGAUUGGCUCAGUCGAUUUCUAUCCGAAUGGCGGCCGCGCGCCUCAACCCGGUUGCUCUGAGUUGGCAAAGAUUUUUACUGGCUGCAGUCACGGCCGUGCUAGUGAAUACUUCGCCGAGUCAGUUCACAGCGACAAGGGUUUCUAUGCCAGUGCCUGCAACUCCCUGGAUGAUAUGAAGGGGAAAAAUUGUAGCGGAAAACGCAUACUAAUGGGCGAUCCGGUACCGUUGCAUGCAAGUGGCGUAUACUUUGUGAAAACAGCAGACAAACCCAGCUUUGCAUUGGGUGCGAAUUCGUGAUGGAUGUACUAGCACCGUAUGCACAUACACUUGUGGUCCGCUGAUUAAGUUAAGUGACAUUUUGACCAGUUUUGGGUUUUUUUUUAUUUUCUUUAUUUUAUGUUUAUAAGUUUUUUUAUACAAGUUUAGC